CGCCGUGCCACUGCCACCUAGAGCAGAGUAGUCAGUCGCUCGCCGCGUCGGCCAGUCCGUCAGCUGAUCGUGUGUUGCUUCGCGUCGCGUCGUCUGCCACUACUACGUCAGUCUGGAUACCGCAUGACAUGUGAUGUGAACACCGCACCGACCAAACAUUAUUUUUUAUUUCUUUAUUUUGACUGUGUUUUGCUUGUGCAGUGAAACUGGAUACCGAUCACUGUUACAGGAUUUCCGAACCCUUCGAUUUCGACCUUGAAGGCUCCGCCCUAGCUCCCUUGUUGGACGAAGGAGCGCCAUCAGCCGCAGGGAUGAAGUCGAACGGAUUAAACCACAACAGCUCGACCAAAGAGGACGACGACGACAUGUUCGGGGCCCCGAGGAGUUACACCGCGAGCUUCUGCGGAAGUAGACCCAACAGGCCUACGAUGAUCAGUGCCAAGUACCGCCAGAAGGAAGAGCGCCGCAAGGUCUUGAAGAUCUCGAUCAACAAGCUCAAGAAGAUAGAGGACCCCGAGAGUUCCCUGAGAAGAUCUGUCCUGAUUAACAACACCAUGAGAAAGUUACAGCGUGAGUCCAGAGAGGAGAAGUUGAACAAACAGCAAUCGUACAGAUGUUAUACCGCUGAUCUGUUCAAAGAGGAUGAAAACGCCAUCGACCUUUUGUCCACCGCCACAACCACCACCUCGAGUCCUCUGAGGACCUCCGACCAGCUUGUGGACAUCACCAACCUGCCCGAGUCCAACCACAAGGCCGCCGUGACGAAAAGUGUGGAAGACAGUUUAGGUUGUGACGAGUCAAUGCCCGAACUCAUGGACACUUUGUUAUCUCCCGAAGAAGUGACCCCUUCCAGUCGUUGUGCCGCCGGAAGAAAGAGAUCCCUGGACGAAGUGGACGAUUGUGACGUCCAGGACGUCUUGAGCCAGUUCUACCUGCCGCCCACUCCCAGGAUGGUCACGUCGCUGGACGAGGAUGAAGAGGAAGAACUGAACGUGGUCGACCUGGAUAUGCCGGAGAAAAGGCCGCGCUUGGAGGGUCAGUCGGCUGCUGAUAGACUUAGGGAGACCCCCGCUACCUGUGUCAGUGAGAGAAGGUUAAGUGACUCCAGUUAUUCCUGUGGUCACUCUUCCAUCUUCAAUGAACUCCAGUCUGUUGUGUACCAUAGCUUGAUAGCCUCUCUGGAAACGUAGCAUUCAUUUUGGAACUAAUCCUUCGCCCUCGUACUUAUGUUCAGAGGCAGUCUUUCAUAGUGAGUUUCAAUGUGUUGAAUGAGGUUUGUUGUGAUACAUUUUAUUGCUUAGUUUAAGAUUGUUACACUCUACUAGAAAUUUUAGAAAUAAUGUUAAGGUUCUUUAAUUUGUUGUUUUUAAAAGAACUUGUAUAGUCAGGGGGGGUUGUGAUUUUAUUUUAUGUGCUUUAUAAAAAAAAAUUUAAGACUAAAAAUGUAGUAUAGAAAGUAUUCAACCAAUGCUUGAUUACUUAAAAUUUAUUCAUUUAAUUUCCGCAAACCAAAUUGUGCCAGAAAGAAGAAUACUAGAACAAAUCACUGAGAAAAAAGUAUCCCUUAUCAAACCUCAGCUUAAAACCCUUUGGAAGACUGCCUCUUUCUUUUUAUUUUAUAUCAGCUCAAAGGUGCACCUUGCCCAUUUUUAUAUGUUUUCUUUACCACAAUAACUGUAUACAAUGUGUUAAAAUAGUUUUUGUUUACUUAAAUAUUUGUAUUCCCCCAUGCCUUAUCCUAGGGAACACCAUUUCUGAGGAAAUUACUAUUAGAUUUAAUUUAUACAAGUGAAAUUAAACUUCAAUAGUCCUUUGGAUUAUUGUUCAAUUAGGCAUUGUGUGAAUUAAAUGUUAACUUAAUUGAAAUUACUUGUACCAUCAGCUUCUACUGCAAUAUCAUAUGUGUGUAAAUCGAUUUUAAUUUUGGUUUUACAUACUUAUGAUACUACUUGUAUGUUUUGAGAUGAUGAAGUUUAUCUUCAUGCCAGUAAAAACAAAUCUCAAUUGUGUCAAACUGAAGAGUUCCAGAAAAUUCUUAAGUAAAAUAAAAUUAUUAAAUCAAUAGACUAAAUUAAGUCGUCUCACAAGUGCCUCCCUCUUGACAUUCAUGGAGUAUUCUCAUUCUUUUGUUACAUUAAAAUGGAAACAAUAUAUUGGCUCUUUAACGAUCUGUGAUUGUUGUAUCUGAAAGGGAACAAAGUUCAAAUGUAACUUUAUUUGUAGAAGCUGCUGAUACAUACUGUAUUUUUAUUUGAUGUUAACACAAAUUCCUAGUUAGCCUAUUAAAAGUGCCCUGGUGUCUAUAUAAAAUAUAUACAAUGUAUAUAUAUAUAUGAAAAUAUAAAUGAGUGUAGAGUGUAAAAUAAGUGUAUAUAUUUGUAUAUUUUUGGUACACUUUCCUGCAGUGAAUUGGAAAGAUAGUAUUUAAAGUAAUUCUAAAAAUGAAAGAUUCUAAAGAAACAGUAUGUUAAUGGAAUUUUCAUGAUAGAAGCUAUCCGCUGAUCCAGAUUUUUCUUUCUGUUUUCCUUGGAAAGUGGACCAAGAGCAAGGCUGUUAGUGUUUUUUCUCACGCUUGGAGUACCUAGGGGCUCCCCAUUUUGCGGACCAUCUCAUUGUUUAGAUGACUUAGUGAAAUGGCUUUCAAUGUCCAUUUUGAAAAUAAAUCAUAGUUAUUUUUUGAAAUUGCAGAAAGUAACUACGAUUUUGUAGUCAUUAGCCGUUUUUAAUUGUUGCCUUUUUUACUGUGGAUAGCAUUUUCCAAUAUGAGAUGUGUAUUUUUGAUCAUUGAUAGAUUUCACUCGAAUAUUUUUUCUUUUUGGAAGGUGCCUAAAACACGAAUCUGUACAGAAAGUAAAGUGAAAGGACAAAGUGUGUGGUAUUUGUUUAGGCCUAGUGCCGUUAUUUUCUCAUUUAUGAACUGAGCCGAGCUCUUUCACGAUACCUAUGAAGGAAUCACUGAAUCACUGAACCACUGUGGGUAUUCAAAACUUGUGCAUUUGUCACUCUAAAACGUUGUUGAAGCAAUAUUUUCCAACGUAGUUUUUGACAUUGUGUUUGUGUUUUAAUGUUAUUUUAAGUUGAGUAUUAUAAUAGCAUAAGUAUGUCAUUCGUUUUGAAAGUUUUUGUUAACAUUACCGAUUAAAGGAUUAAGCAAUGUUGAUGUUAGCAUACUAAAUAAUGUUUUGGUUUGUCAACAACCCAUGAUACCCUAUAUACUGAAAUCUUCAUAGAUAAUGUUACUUUGAAAUAAUAAAGAUGAAAGAAACUUGAAGACUUCUUAGUGUUUAAAUCACCUAUAAUAUAUAUUGGACAUUCAGCAACCAAAAUGUAAUAAAGCCUAAUUGUAAUUUAAAAAAUUGAUAGUGAAUUUUAUUUUUUAAGUGUAAUAACACUCUAUUUCAUAUUGUGUGAUACUUUAUUAUCAACAGUACUAAUGGCAUAUCCAGGAGGGGGAAUGAAAGCAUAAGUAAGUAAUUAAUUUGGAAACGUUUUGUUUGCAAAGGACUAGGCAAUGUUGUUGUUAACAUUUUGCAUAAAACAUUAUUAACAACUCGUUAAUGAGGCCUCAUGAAGACUCCAAAGUACAAUCAAAGAGAAAAAGUGAUUCCUAAAACAAUCAGUUGACAACCAUCUGGUUUAUAUGUGAUAUAACUUAAAUAAUACGUUUUUGCAGGGUGUAUUCUGUGUGCAAAAUUUUUUUACUGCUUUUUGCUGUGUAUUCGGUUUACUGUGUUAAAACACCUUGUAAAUCUCCUCUUUGAAAGUCCUGGCUAUGCCACUGAACAGAACUUUAUUACAAUAUGGGUAUUAUGAAUUCAUAUAGAACCAACAAGAGCAAUAAUGAACAUGCUUGUGUAAUCCAGGAGCAAUAUAAAAAAUAACAAUAACAAUUUAUUCAACGAAUAAAAUUGAAUCGAAACUUUACCAUUGUUAUAUUUUAUGUAAAUCAAGUGUGUUAUUAUUUUUCUUUUGCAAUGUUAAUUAUUUCAGUGUUUUAUCUUUUGGUUGUUACUCGUUAAAGUCAUUUUGGCUUAAUUUUAUAGCUUAAGUGGUUAAUUUACAAGUCUGUACAAUACGUUAUCCAUUUACCCAAGCUUUUAAUGAACAGUGAUUCAGUGCAAUUUUCUAUCCCCCUUUCCCCCACUCUUCCAACUCCUCUUAUAGCAUUCUGUGAUAUGCGCCUAGACAGCACUCUUCUAUUGUGCUACCCUUGCAUCUUUCAAUUUUGUAUAGUUCUGUCAAUUUAUCAUAUAUUUUGUUUCAAUACUGUAUAUUUUUACAAUGGAUUCAUUUAACUAUAGCCUAUUGUACAGAAAGACUUUAUUAAGUACCAAAAUUUAAAUGGUUACCGACGAACAAACCUGUAUAGUAAUUUGAUCGUCACAAUAUUAAUAUUAUGUUAAAUAUUGCAUAUACCAAUAAUUAUAUGACAUUAAAAGUACCUGCAAAAAGCA